AUGAUGGUGCCAAAUAGCACGACAAAGCCAGAAUUAUUUGAUCUUCCAGUUUACUGGUUGGCUAAUGAAAUGUUUUACUAUAUACACAUACCCGCAAUUGUAUGCUUACUCGCGAGUCUCAGCUGUGCAGUUGCCACCAUUGUUCUGUUCUUCAAGCGUCGCAAUGCUGGUGAGUUUUUUACUAAGUGGUCUAAAGGAGAGAGGCUUGUCGUCUACAUUUCAACUUGCGAUGGGAUGUUCUGUGCCUCUCAUUUGAUUGACCAUCUACAGAUUCUGUUCUCUUUGGAUCACGUGAGACCCAAAGAGCUGUGUGCAUUUUACGGAUUUAUCAUGACUCUCUUUGUUGUUGCCCAGAUUCUCAUCGUGAAUGUCGUGGCUGUCAACGUCUUCGUCAUGAUGUUCCUGAAUAAGAAAUUUUCCUUCGGCAAGUAUGACAGCAGGUUGCUGAUCUGGGCGUUUGUGGUCCCCUUCACUGGGGCAACUGUUGCAGCCACGUAUGAGCAGUUCGGGCCGAUGGGAGUUUCAUGCUAUUACGACGCUAUCAAUGGCCACGUAGCAAAUAUGGUCCUCACUACAAUCCCAGUACCAGUGAUCCUGGUUAUCAACAUCGUGCUCUACAUACUUAACUUCAUCAGGAUUCGCAGCGAUGCAAUAAACCGCAAGCAAGUCAUCGGCUCAAAUACGAAAGCUAUGCCUUUCAAGGGCCACAUGGCAAAUAUGGUCCUCACUACCAUCCCAGUGCCAGUGAUUCUGGUUACCAACAUCGUGCUCCACAUAUUUACCUUCAUCAGGAUUCGCAGCGAUGCAAUGAUCAGUAAACACAGACUCGGCACAAAUGCGAACGCUGUUGGGCGCCACAUUAAAGCUGCUAAGAGAAUGCUAACGUUCGUCUUUGCGUUCGUAGUUCAAUGGUGGUGUUUUGGUCUCUUUGGAGCUUGGUCACUUUUUGUGGACAGUCCAUUGGAAAUACCGGAGAUUUUGAACUACUUCGGGGUCGUAUUCACCAACCUCGGGGGUGUCUUCAACUUGAUAGUGUAUCUCCUGGUGUUUAAAGAUAAAAGUAGGCAGCUCAAGUCUAAGCCACAACAGAUGAAGAACGAAAAGAUCGAUGACCUUCAGGAAUUAACCGUCACAAGAGCAAAGAAACAACAUAUUUUUCCGAAAUGCGAAAAGGAAGCAAUUUUGGAAAUGAUAAAAAAACGCAAAAGCGACAGAUGUCUGAUGUAG